AUUACGGUACUUAUGGAACACCGAACACAUCAUGUGGGUUCGAUUGUUUCGCCUUUCGGAUUGGCGGGGGGUGUGAGUAGAGCAUUUCCCACGUAGAUACAGGAGGAUAAAUAGCCAUCCCAUUUGGGAUUGGGAUAAACUCUCCAAAGCCGGUGGAUAUCAACAUGACACUGACAAGUGCAAGUGCCGCCGCUACUGCAGUAGCAUUCACAAACACUUGCAGCAAUCCCUACAGCAAAAUUAGGCGACCGAAAACCCCAUUGGAAUUUGUUCUUGGUGCUAUCCCCCUCCGUAAUCAUAUUCCUACCAGCAGCUCUUUCAGUUGCUACCGGAGUAGUAACAGACUUAUUUCCCUAUCCGUUGUCGCAAGGGCUGCUGGGGAUGAUAAGGAGAAAUAUCAGAAUCAGGAGAAUGAUGAUAAUAAUGAUAUUAUUAAUGGUGUUGAGGAGGAGGAGCGAUCAUCGCAGCAGCAGCAGCAGCAGGCGUCUACUGCUGCGAUGAUAAAAUUGGACGACGUGAACCCGGUGGGACUGGGGAGGCGGUCAAGGCAAAUAUUCGAUGAGUUGUGGCGUAAGUUCUCAGGGUUGGGACAGAUCUCUAGGACCACUCGCACAGACGACGAGACUAGCCUUCUCAUCAACGAGGGCGGUCCCAUGUGUGAGUUCGCCAUCCCUGGCGCUCAGAACACCACCGUCCUUGUUGUUGGUGCCACCAGCCGUGUUGGCCGCAUCGUUGUCCGCAAACUCAUGCUCAGGGGUUACAUCGUCAAGGCUCUAGUUAGGAAGGCAGAUCAGCAAGUUGUGGACAUGCUUCCAACAUCUGUGGAGAUAGUGAUUGGGGAUGUUGGUGACCCCUCGAAUCUUAAAGCUGCUGUCAAAGGUUGCAACAAAAUUAUCUAUUGUGCCACUGCUCGUUCCUCCAUCACUGGGGAUCUCAACAGAGUUGACUAUCAGGGGGUUUCCAACCUUACGAAAGCAUUCCAGGACUACAACAAUAAAUUGGCACAACUACGAGCUGGCAAAAGCAGCAAAAGUAAGCUUUUACUUGCAAAGUUCAAGUCUGCUGAUUCACUAAAUGGGUGGGAUGUUCGCCAAGGAACCUAUUUUCAAGAUGCGGUACCUGCCAAGUAUGACGGGGGUAUGGAUGCUAAAUUUGAAAUCGCUGAAAGUGGAGAUGCAGUUUUCUCAGGUUAUGUUUUCACCAGAGGAGGAUACGUGGAACUAUCAAAGAAGCUUUCGCUUCCUUUGGGUCGCUCUCUUGACAGAUAUGAAGGUCUACUGCUCUCUGUUGGUGGGAAUGGUAGGUCUUAUGUCUUAAUUCUGGAAGCUGGCCCUCCAGCGGACACAUCUCAAAGCAGAAUGUAUUUUUCUCGAUUCAGCACAAAAGUAGGAUUUUGCAGGGUGAGGAUACCAUUUUCAAGUUUCCGACCAGUGAAAGCGGAUGAUCCUCCAUUAGAUCCGUUUCUUGUACACACCUUGACCAUUCGUUUUGAGCCGAGAAGACAGAGGCCAAUUGAAGGACCUGCUGGAAUGAAACAAGAUAUGAGAAGUUUUCAACUCAUAAUGGAAUAUAUUAAAGCAUUGCCCACUGGGGAAGAAACGGACUUUAUCUUAGUUUCUUGUACAGGAUUAGGAAUAGAACCUACCAGAAGGGAGCAGGUUUUGAAAGCCAAAAAGGCUGGGGAAGAUUCAUUAAGAAGAUCAGGCCUUGGAUACACUAUAAUUCGCCCUGGUCCGCUACAGGAAGAACCUGGUGGGCAACGUGCUCUCAUCUUUGAUCAGGGAAACAGGAUUUCUCAGGGCAUCAGCUGCGCUGAUGUGGCUGAUAUCUGUGUGAAGGCAUUGCAUGAUUCAACUGCAAGGAACAGGAGCUUUGAUGUAUGUUAUGAAUACGUGGCUGAGCCAGGGAAGGAGCUCUAUGAGCUGGUAGCACAUUUACCCGACAAAGCAAAUAACUAUUUGACACCGGCACUCUCAAUUUUAGAGAAGAACACUUGAUCUCUCUGUAUAAGUUGUCUUCCAGGAUAUGUAAGAGUAGAUUACGGAAAGAUGUCUAGUAUUCGAGGAUAGGUAUAUGUAUAUGUGUGUAUAUUCAAAUUCACUUCAAAAAAGAACACUUUUGCCGUUGGUCUGACUA